UUCCCGUUGAGCCUUUCAACGAAGUCGGCUACAGCGGGAUUCCAUCGUCUUGUUACGGUUGCCAAAGAACUUUAUCCCAGAAAGACAAAAAGGUGUACAUUUGCAACAAAUGUAAUCAAACGUUUUGUAUAGACUGUGAAAUAUUUAUUCACGAAUCCUUACAUACGUGCCCAGGCUGUGCCACAAAUUCAGAAACAUAUCAAAAAUCCAUCAAUAGAACUUAAUGUGAUCGAUGUAGAGGACGAAGAACCGGAAGCGAAAGUAGGUCGUCAUCAUGGUGAGCCGGCUAUGGAAGGCGUUAUCCCGGAAGCGAAUCGACGAGAACCAGGAGAGCAAAAGCGAGUUGGCUCGGGUUUUGGGCUUGUUCGAUCUCACGGCACUUGGCGUGGGCUCGACCCUCGGUCUGGGUGUUUACGUCCUCGCCGGGAGCAUCGCCAAAGAGACAGCCGGCCCGGCCGUCUGUAUCUCCUUCCUCAUUGCCGCUAUCGCUUCCGCAUUUGCCGGUAUGUGUUACGCGGAAUUCGCAUCUAGAGUCCCAAAGGCAGGAUCGGCAUACGUUUAUAGCUACGUGACCGUGGGUGAAUUCGUUGCUUUUAUUAUAGGAUGGAAUUUAAUUUUGGAGUACGUGAUAGGUACAGCAAGCGUUGCCCGUGGACUUAGCAAUUACCUGGACGCGUUAAUAGGAAACGCGAUAAGUAAAACGUUACAAUCAGCGAUGCCUAUUAACGUCUCAUUUUUAUCCGAGUACCCAGACUUCUUCGCGUUUGGUGUAGUAAUGCUCCUCAUAAUCUUACUAAGCGUAGGAGUGAAAGAAUCCUCUAUGUUAAACAAUAUAUUCACUGUAGUGAACUUAGUUACCAUUUUAAUAAUUGUAGUAGCAGGAUCCUUGAAAGCUGAUCCCGCAAAUUGGAACAUACCGGCGGAAGCUAUACCCGCGGAUAAACAUGGAGGAGCGGGUGGUUUUAUGCCGUUCGGAAUUAGCGGGGUGAUGAUUGGCGCGGCGAAGUGUUUUUUUGGUUUCGUUGGAUUUGACGCCGUUGCUACUACUGGUGAAGAAGCUAAGAAUCCUCAACGCAAUAUACCCAUAGCCAUCGUUGUUUCCUUAGUUAUAAUCUUAAUGGCUUAUUUUAGUAUCUCGACCGUGUUAACUAUGAUGUGGCCGUACUAUCUUCAGGACGCCAACGCACCGUUUCCUCAUGUAUUCGAUCAGAUCGGAUGGCCUACCAUUAAAUGGAUCGUGAACAUCGGCGCCGCGUUCGCUUUAUGCACGAGCAUGCUCGGCGCGAUGUUCCCUUUGCCGCGGAUCCUUUACGCGAUGGGCAGCGACGGGGUGAUAUUCAAAAAGCUCGCGGACGUGCACCCGAAAACGAUGACGCCUAUCUUGGGCACGGUGGUGUCCGGUUUGUUCACAGGAGUGAUGACUCUAAUCUUCAAUCUUAAACAAUUGAUCGAUAUGAUGUCCAUCGGAACGUUGUUGGCGUACACGAUAGUAGCGGUGUCCGUUUUAAUAUUAAGGUAUCAAGGGAAAGAAUGCACAUCAAACAAUCAAAGCGCGACGCCGAUGAGCGAUUACCAUUUGACACCGAUCAGUGUUUUGAAACAUAUAGUCAAUUUGCAGAAUCAGAAAGAGAUCACUGAGAUAUCGAGCAAGGUCGCGAAAUACAGCAUUGGAAUCUUAUGUAUCGUUACGUUCGGUAUUGCGCUUCUUAUCAGUUGCGUGGGUGACAAAGCAUUUGGCAAUGGCCUAAUAGAGACUGUGAUAUUAGUUAUACUAUUGAAUAUAUUAUUAUUAAACCUAGUUGUCAUCGUGAGGCAGCCUACUCAAGACGUUGAUCUAGCAUUUAAGGUACCAUUAGUGCCGCUUAUCCCCUGUUGUAGUAUUUUCAUAAAUUUAUAUUUGAUGUUGCAACUAGACGCUUUUACGUGGAUCAGAUUUUCCAUUUGGUUGCUUAUAGGUUUCGCUAUCUAUUUCCUUUACGGGAUCUUCCAUAGUGAACAAGGGAAGAGAGACAAAGCAGAAGCUGAGAUGAUUAAACGAAAGUAUGCGGAUCAAGUUAGGAUCGUGACCAAAUUUUAAUGACAGUCCGUGAUAUGUGAUAUUUUUCAUAUUGAUGAAUGGAAAUCGGAAUUAGAUGCCAAGUAUUAUAACAUGUGAUUACUAUACAAUCUACACUCUUCGAUAGAUGCAAAAUAAGAAAAAGGACACGCUAUCUGUAUUCUCAUCAUAAUGAGAAAUAGUUUUUGCCAUUAAACUUGAAGAGUAUUUGAUCAUCAUUAUUAUAAGGUGAAAACAGCCGUUCCCUUUUUUUAUUUUCUAUAUUUUAACUUGCGUCGACGUAAUGUAUAUACAUAUUUCUUAAAGACUUUAUUAUGUUUAUUACUCGUUUUAGUGCUGCUUGCACUGAUUAAAUACAUUGUUUUAUAUUAACAUUUGUUUUCUCAUUUGUAUUUGUAUACAGGCAAAUCGAGUAAUACAUUAUUAUACAUAGACAUUUUCAAACUAUUUGACGGAAAUCAAAUUUUUCGAUCAUAUCGAUUAAACAUUUAAAAUCAUGACACAAUAAACUGUACGUAUAAUUAAGGGCAAUAGCACGAAUACAGUUAACGUAAUAAAGUUAAAUAUCAAUAA